AUGGCUACACAAAUAAAUCGAUGUGGGGAAACGAUAUUCCAUAGUUUAAUGAUAACUCGUUAUGAAACUGGGUCUUGCUUAAUGUGUUGCCUUAAAACGAUCAUUUUUAGUUCAUUGUUUAAUAGAACCGGUCUAUGCGUAGUUAAUGUAUGGGGAAUGGGGUUAAGUGGGGUCACAUGUCCUAAUAUGGCUCGGUGA